CUUUGCUCUCCUGCAGGCUGCGUGUUUCCCCCGAGAACAAAACCUAAACUUUAAACUGCGUUCGCUUAUUUUUUAAUGCAAAUUUAAUCUCGAAUCUCGCGCCGCAGACACAUGGAUCAACCAUUCCCCGACACUUCAGGAUAUGAUGCCGUUUUGAACUCGGGAUGUGUAUAAAUUAACUUCAGACAACUCAACAACGGAACAAGUCAACAUACCCGGAUCAACUGUGCGCCUAUCAAGGUCCAAGUCAAGAUGUCUGUCAGUAACCACGAAAACAGAAAGUCUCGCUCCAGUUCCGGCUCCAUGAAUAUCCACCUCUUCCACAAGACGUCCCACGCCGACAGCCUGUUGACUCAGCUCAACCUGCUGCGCAAACGGAAAGUCUUCACAGAUGUCAUCCUGAAAGCGGGGAACAAAUCCUUCCCCUGCCACCGGGCCGUCCUCGCCUCCUGCAGCCGAUACUUCGAGGCGAUGUUCAGCGGCGGGCUCAGGGAGAGUCGUGACGCCGAGGUCAACUUCCACGACUCCCUGCAUCCCGAGGUGCUGGAGCUCUUGCUGGACUACGCCUACUCGGCUCGGAUCAUCAUCAACGAGGAAAACGCGGAGUCGCUCCUGGAGGCCGGAGACAUGCUCCAGUUCCACGACAUCCGGGACGCAGCGUCGGAGUUUCUGGAGAAGAACCUGCACCAGUCGAACUGUUUCGGGAUGAUGCUGCUGUCGGACGCGCAUCAAUGCAUGAAGCUUUACGAGCUGUCCUGGAGGAUGUGCCUCGCAAACUUUGCUACUCUUUUCAAAACAGAGGACUUUCUCAGCCUGCCCAGAGACAAAGUCCAGGAGCUGAUCUUAAGCGAGGAGCUGGAGGUGGAGGAUGAGAGCCUGGUGUACGAGGCUGUCAUCGACUGGGUCAAAGCGGACAUGGAGCACCGGCACAGCGAGCUUCCCGAGCUGCUGCGAUGCGUCCGCCUAGCUUUGCUCCCCGAGACGUACCUGCUGAAGAACGUGGCCUCGGAGGAGCUGGUGAUGUGCAAUAAAGUCGGCCGGGAGAUCGUCGAAGAUGCCGUGCGGUGCAAAAUGAGGAUCCUGCAGAACGACGGGAUUGUGACGGGUUUCUGCGCCCGGCCGAGGAAGGUCAGCCAGGCCCUGCUGCUGCUGGGAGGACAGACGUUCAUGUGCGAUAAAGUCUACAUGAUCGACAACAAGACGAAGGAGAUCACACCCAAAACAGACAUCCCCAGCCCCAGGAAGGAAUGUAGCGCCUGUGCUAUUGGAUGCAAGGUCUAUGUUACCGGAGGACGUGGCUCUGAGAACGGGGCCUCCAAAGACGUCUGGGUCUACGACACGUUACACGACGAGUGGUCCAAAGCUUCCCCGAUGCUGGUGGCCAGAUUCGGACACGGGGCGGCGGAGCUCGACCACAUGCUGUACGUCGUCGGAGGACACACGUCUCUCGCAGGGUCCUUCCCCGCAUCUCCGUCUGUGUCUCUGAAACAGGUGGAGCAGUACGACCCUCAGACCAACAAGUGGACGCUGGUGGCGCCUCUCCGAGAAGGGGUGAGCAACGCCGCCGUCGUGGGUGCCAAAAACAAACUCUUUGCCUUCGGGGGAACCAGUGUCAACCGGGACAAAUACCCCAAGGUGCAGUGCUUCGACCCGUGCCAGAACCGGUGGACCGUGCCCGCCUCGUGCCCGCAGUUGUGGCGCUACACUGCUGCGGCCGUGGUGGGGAAUCACGUCGUGGUGAUCGGAGGCGACACCGAGUUCUCCGCCAGCUCCGCUUACCGGUUCAACAGCGAGACGUUCCAGUGGUCCAAGUUUGGAGACGUGACGGCGAAACGGAUCAGCUGCCACGCAGUGGCGUCGGGAAACAGACUGUACGUGGUCGGGGGGUACUUUGGGGCUCAGAGGUGUAAAACUCUAGACUGUUACGACCCAUCGUCGGACUCUUGGGACAGUGUGACCAGUGUGCCCUACUCGCUCAUUCCCACCGCCUUCGUCAGCACAUGGAAGUACCUUCCAGCGUAGAGGGACAAACCAGCUCUAUGAAGGUUCUACAGA